CCACUCCCCUCCCAGAGCCAGGGAGAGAACCCAGGAGUCCUGACUGUUACUGCUGCCUCCACGCCCAGAGGCACAAGCCGCAGCUAUCUCAGCACAGGGCAUUAGCUGUCUCCUGCGUUGCCAUGUCCCGAUCCAGCGCGAUUAGAAGUGACCUGUGACUGGGAUGAAAGUCCGCUCUCCUCGUCGCGUUGCACUUUGAGUUGUUUUCCAGGCUGCUGGCCUGGCAGCCCCCUCAGAAGGAAGAGGACCGAACCCAGCAGGGUGGGAGAUUGCCUGGCCUCCAGCCCCGAACCUUAUUCCAACUGUCCAGCACUGCUGAGGGCAAGGCCGGGCUCCCAGCCCCAUCUCGGCAGGCACUUCAGCGGCUGGGAACACUUGGGGAUUGGAGAAGCAGCCCCCGAAGGAUCUGUACGGGCCAGGAGGGGACAGGCAGGUUCAUUCCACAGCGGCAGAGAUUCUCCUCCAAGGAUCCACUCCGGAGAGCAGCUUUAGGGCCUGAGCCGGAGGCUGGUUGGUCACUGCAGAUCCCACAUCCCCCUUUGGCUGCCCACGUCCUAGCCGUCCUCAUGGGCUCCGACUCCCUGCUGGGUUACCCCAAGAUGAAGGUCUACAGAGAAAAAGAGGAUGUCACUCUGGACCCAGACACAGCUCACCCCAGUCUGACCCUUUCCAAGGACCGGAGAAGUGUGACAGCCACAAACACAAGGCUGGCUCUGGCCAAUGACCUGGGGAGAUUCAACGUUUACUCCUGCGUGCUGGGCUCUGCUGGCUACAUAUCAGGGACGCAUUACUGGGACGUGGAGGUGGCCGGCACAGGGGGCUGGGCUCUGGGUGUCACCAGGGAGUCCGCCAGCAGGAAGGGAUGGUUCAAUUUCAGUCCCGAGCAAGGCACCUGGGCCAUCCAGCUCUCCGUGGGCCAGUACCGGGAAGUCACCGCAGAAUGGAGCCCGCUGGACCCGCCCCAGAGCCCCAGCAAGAUCAGAGUGUAUUUGGACUAUGAAGAAGGGGUCGUGUGCUUCUAUGAUGCAGACACCAUGGCCCCCAUCCACGCCUUCAGCUCCUCUUUCAAGGGGAAGAUCUACCCGUUCUUCUGGGUCUGGUCUGUAGGGACUUCCCUUAGACUCUGUCCCCCCGCAACUCUCCAAUAACUGAGGGCACGGUCUCGAGGCUGCUGACUUUUCGAUGGACAUUGGAUGGUGUUUUGUCUCAGCCAGAGAUUGAAGUGUGAACACCGUAAUGCGUCUGGAUUUUAGCCUAUGCAGGGCCGGCUCCAGGCACCAACCGACCAAGCAUGUGCUUGGGGCGGCACCUUAGAAGGGGCAGCCAAUGUUGGGGUGGCGGGGGGCACUCGCGGUGUUUUUGUUUUUUGUUCAGCA